AAGAGUAGUGGCCGAAUCCCAAACGCGUUCCUGUUCGGUCUGAAGUGCACUACACAAUGUACGGUGUUUUUAUAGCUAACAUGUGGUGCGCGUGCAUAGUGACUAUUCCGUGAUUUGGGAUCGAGCCUCAGUAACGCACUUAAACUGGUUAGUUAUCUUUAUAACUCGCUUUAUUCAGCAGGAAUAACAUCCGUGUUAGUUAUUUCUACUCUGCGCUACGAUAAAACACUCUGUACGGAUUUUAUUCAACUAAAUCGUUAACCUUGUUUGUAUUUCGAGCGAUUUUUUGGGAGCUAAUGUAGCUUUGGGCUAAUGAGUGAUUUAUUAUCAGCUGUGCUCCCUACACAAGUGCCCUACCUAGGGAGGGUUAGUGCACACUAUACACCCUAUCUAGUGCACUACUGCUUCAACACGGCGCCGUUUGGGAUGCAGCCGGUCGCAUGAGGGGAUCUGUGAGUCGCAGAGUGACAAAAAAUGGCUUUGCAGCGGAUCUUGUUUUUGCUCCGGCCGCUCAGGAGCCGAUUAUCACCAUCGGUUACCGUGUACAGAUUCUCCAGCGGCACAAGAGCAGAUGAUAAUGAAGCGAAAACGGACGUAAACGACGAUAAAACAGAACCUUUUGCGUUAGCUUCUGAGAACAAGUCUUUGCUGGAGAACCUCAGUGUGCUUGGUGUGGAUGUGAAGAUGGCACAGCGACGGCAACCCGGUGUUUUUCGCAAAAUCCAAACGAACGAGCGAGGAUUGAUCGAUUUCCUCGGACAGAAAGGCGCGAGCCGAGAUAUAAUCGCUAGCAUUAUUUCCCGUUUUCCACGAGCUAUAACGAGAUCCGAGGAACACCUGGAGGAACGCUGGCGUCUUUGGCGCAGCAUCUUCAGCAGCGAUGAUGAGGUUGUUAAGAUCCUAAACCGUUCUCCAGAGUCAUUCUUUCGCUCAAGUGAUAACAGCAACCUGGAGAAGAACAUACAUUACCUAAGUUCAUUAGGGAUAAAGCCUAAAGAUCUGCACCGUCUCUUAACCAUGGCACCAAGGGUCUUCUCAAACACUUUGGCACUGAACCAAACAAUGGUGGAGCUCCUGGAGAAUGUAAGCAUGAGCCUUGGAGGUACUGAUAGUAAGAAGUUUGCUCGCACUGUCAUUUCUAGAAAUGUGUACAUCUUGAUCCGGAGCACAAAACGUGUCAGGUCUAACAUCGAGUUCCUCCUGAGUGCACUGGAGCUCAGUGACGAGGAGGCGCUCAUUCUUCUGCAGGGCCACGGUGCCAAAAUCCUUGAUCUGUCACAUGAAAAUAUGAAGACAAACUUCAGAAGCCUGCAGCUGAAGCUAGAUUCUCUGGGCUGCAGCCAGGAGCAAGUGAGGGAGAUCAUCCUGAACUAUGCUCCUAUACUUUUUGUCUCCUCAAACACGCUGAACCAGAAGCUGGACUGCCUGACCGAAGGUGGGAUCGACAUCAGAAGCAUCAUAGAGAAACCCAAAUUGCUGGAUUACAGCGUCACCACACUGAAACAACGGCUGAACGAUCUGCACCAACUUGGUUAUGACUUUAAGGUUAAUGGAAUCAGCGUCUUGGAUUUGAGCAACAAGAGAUUCAAAUGUAAACUGGAGAAACUGCAAGAACUUGGAAUGUGGGAGCAGGACAAAUAACCAGGACUUUAAAACCCUAGUUCCUAAAGUGUGAGCCUGGGUGCAAGAACAUCAUGUAAUUGUGUGUUUAAUGUACAUGGCAGGAUAGAGUAUGUAGGGAGUGAUAAGACUGAUAAGCUAAGCUAGGGGUCAAAGUCAAGCGUCAAGUGUGUAGUACUGUAUCUGUGGGACGGUUUUAUGUCUAUUCCACUGUCACAGCAGAACAUUUUAACCAGCUUGGAACUGAUCUAAAAGUAUAAUGAGCCCUUGCUGUUUAUGGUACACUUUAUGGACCAAUGGUGUGUAGAUAACUGAACAUCAAAACCAUGUGUGUUUCUUCCUUAAACUGUUGCUACAAAGCUGUCUGUAAUGUCAUUGUAUACUGUAGCAUAAUAUUUUUCCUUCCAAACGCUGCUCCAUCAGGACAAUGUCCCUGUGUACGAAGCAGCUCCAUGAAGACUUGGUGUGGAGGUGAAGGUUGUAGUGAAGAUCUCCAGUGUCCUGCACUGACUCUGACUCAACACCACUGAACACCUUUGGGAUGAACUGAAACUGGUGUCUCAUCAACAUCCCAACAUCAGAGUCUGAUCUCACUCAAGCUUUUAUAGAUAAAUGAACACAAAUCCUCACAGCUACAAUCACCAGCUAGUGGAAAACCUUCCAGAAGAGAGGAGCAGAUUACAAGAGUAAAUACAAGGGGAAUUAAUGUGGAAUGGGAUGUUCAGUAAGCACGUAUGGGUGAGAUGUUCAGGGGUGGACACGCAGUGGUGGAGUGAACCAGCACAGCUCAUUCAGCACUGAUGUGUAGAUGGAUGUGUCAGAGGAACAAAUCCCAAUCAGAACAUUUAUAUACUCAACACAAACAUUGUUUAAAUUGCUUUUGCUUACAAACAGCUUCAUAAAUCAUUUGUAUUCAAAUGCAGUGAUGUGUCGGUUGGUCUCCUGGUCUCUUGAUCUCCUGGUCUUUUGGUCUCCUGGUCUUUUGGUCUCCUGGUCUUUUGAUCUCCUUGUCUUUUGGUCUCCUGGUCUCCAGCGAGGUCCCCAUCUAGCAAUCAGAGACAGAAAAUGAAGUGGACGAGGGAAAGCUUAGAAUACACAGUAUCUCACCGUAGAGCUCAUACAACAUUAACCUUCAUCUCCUCAGUGCUGACUGAAGUAACAUGAUAUAUUUAUUUUUUAUUUUGUCUUGUCAACUUUUUACUCCUCAUAAUCAACCACUGUCCUCAUAAUCAACCACUGUCCUCAUAAUCAACACUGUCCUCAUCAUCAACACUGUCCUCAUAAUCAACACUCCUCAUAAUCAACCACUGUCCUCAUAAUCAACACUCCUCAUAAUCAACACUGUCCUCAUCAUCAACACUCU